UUCCGUCAACAAGAGCGGCUGGGUGUUUCUAUGUGCUGAGGAGAGCAGGAGGGAGAAAAGGGACAGCCAUGCCAUUUUUGGGUCAAGACUGGCGUUCUCCAGGCUGGACCUGGAUAAAAACUGAAGAUGGGUGGAAAAGAUGGGAAUUUUGUGACGGUGACCCUGAAGAAAACAACAACAUUAAUCUUCAGCUAUUAAAUCUAGAGGAUCAAGAACCGUACACUCCUGAAGAUUGUGCAUUCUCCAACAACAAAACCGAAAAAGAGGAAUUCAACAAUGUUGCAAAAUCACAGUAUUUCUAUCGUGAUAAAUGGAUUUAUGUCCAGAAGGGGAGUACACGAGAAAGACACGGCUAUUGCACCUUGGGUGAAGCAUUUAAUCGUCUAGACUUUUCAAGUGCGAUUCAGGAUAUCCGAAAAUUUAAUUAUGUUGUCAGACUGCUCCAGCUGAUUGCAAAGUCUCAGCUCACAUCGCUGAGUGGUGCAGCACAGAAGAAUUAUUUCAAUGUUUUGGAAAAAAUUGUCAAAAAAGUGCUGGAAGAUCAAUACAAUCCACGUUUAAUACGAGAGCUCCUUCAGGACCUUAGCUCCACACUGUGCAUGCUGCUGGAAAGAUUUAUAUUGGUAGGAAAUAUCAACAUCUGGAUUUGUCGCUUAGAGGCUAUCUUUUCCUGGCAGGAGCAACUGAUGAAUCUACAGAUCAAUCCGCAACUUGGCAACGGCCUUAACUUCUGUGAUAUGCCACUGCACAUGCAAAGCAACAUAUUUCACAGGUUUUCGGAUGCCUGGGACAUCAUUAACCUUGGCCAGCUGAAUCGAACGUUGCAUGUUCUAAGCGAAGACCGCCAUCUCUGGAAAACGCUGUGCAAGUAUCACUUUACUGAGAAAAUGUUUCGCCAGCACUUGAUCUUGACAGAAAAGGGUCUUGUGGAUUGGAAACAAAUGUUCUUCAGACUCAAAAAGUUCUAUCCAAAAAGGGAACAAUAUGGAGAUACACUGCACUUCUGUCGCCAUUGCAGCAUUCUAUUUUGGAAGGACUGUCAGCUCGCUCUUAUUUUUAAGGACUCUGGACACCCCUGCACUGCUAACGAUCCCCGCAGCUGUUUUACGCCGGUCUCUCCUCAGCACUUUAUCGACCUUUUCCAGUUCUGAAUGGAGUCCGUUGUUCUGUUCUGUAGUUUGUGUAUGAAUGAUGUAGGGUAUUUUUAAAGGACUCAUGUGCAGGUAGUUUAAGUGUUUAUGGAAACUGUAUCUCUGCUGGACCAUGGUACAGGUGAGAAGACCAAGUGUGUUUUAUCUGAUUUCUUACUAUUUUUAGUUUCUUGUAUCCCCUUAUUCUUUACACGAAAACAUCUGAAUAUAAUGGAUAGUUUUGUACUGUAAAUAUAUGGUACUACAGACUUUGACUUACAGAAUAAUAUUGCACACCUUGCUUUUACUUAUGUGCACUUUUUAUUAUUAUAUCUUGGCAUGCAGGGCAAAUAUAUUUAUCAGGGGGCUCAUGA